CCGUGCGGACCCAGUCCAAAAUGGCGGCCCCCAGCGGCGGGAGGAGCGGCGGCGGCGCGAGCAUGUGGGCCGCGCUGCUCCUGGCGGCCGUGGCGCUGGGGCCGGCUGAGGCGGCGUCCGAGCCCACGACGGUGGCCUUUGACGUGCAGCCCGGCGGCGUAGUGCACUCCUUCUCCCAGGACGUGGGCCCGGGGGGCAAGUACACUUGUGUGUUCACCUACGCUUCUCAAGGAGGGACCAAUGAGAGGUGGCAGAUGAGUCUGGGGACCAGCGAAGACAACCAGCACUUCACCUGCACCAUCUGGAGGCCCCAGGGCAAGUCCUACCUCUACUUCACACAGUUCCGGGCAGAGGUGCGGGGCGCCGAGGUCGAGUAUGGCAUGGCCUACUCGCAAGCCGCGUUUGAAAGGGAGAGCGAUGUUCCCCUGAAAAGUGAGGAAUUCGAAGUGACCAAAACGGCAGUGUCCCACAGGCCCGGGGCCUUCAAGGCCGAGCUGUCCAAGCUGGUGAUUGUGGCCAGGGCGUCCCGCAGCGAGCUGUGACCAGCGGCCCCGGCGAGGGCGACGGUUCCUAGUCUCUGCUGACAGAGCCGGGCCGCGGGGGCUGGCGCCUCACUGGUUUUCUAGGGGGACUGUUGGUUUUCUGCCCGGGCCGAUGCGGCCCUGUUCCGAGGGGCUCUCAGGGGUGGCCAAGGCCCCAGGACAGAGUCCGCCCACCCAGCACCCCCGCGCUGCUCCUCUGGACGCGGGGUGUGGGUCUGAGACCCGCUGCUCGUCUUUCCUGCCUGGGAGGCCUCGCGGCACCAGCUGGGGCUCCCGGGGGACGCCGGCUUUUCUGCAGCCAGCGUGCGUCCCCGUGGGAUCAGGCGGGGCUCCGCAAUGCUCAGGCAUUUUCCCCCGGGGACCUCCCUCCAGACUAACUGGGAAGAAAUGAAACGUUCUUUUGUAUUUAAAUAAAAAAGACCACUGAAAAGCAA